AUGGAGUCGGUGAAGGGGUGGGUGGCGGCCAACUACGCGGAGGCCAUGGCGUCGAUACAGCACUCGCUGCGCGUCGCCUACGUGGUCUUCUCCUUCUGCGCCGCCUUCUUCCUCGGCGGCAUCAAAGGCACGCCCGUUCUUGUAAUCAAUCGCGUCUUGCCAUCUUCGGAUUUUGGAGCCUUGCUUUGCUUGGGGGUUCUGCGCCCACCGAUGGUGGUCGGACCCGUUGCCGCCGCGCUGAUGAUAGUGGGCAACGUCGGCGUCAUACUCGUGCUCUUCCCGGCGCACGUUUGGUGGACAAUCUACUCGCUCGUCAAGACUGACCGUGUCAACGCGGGCCUGAAAUUAGCCGUGCUCUUGGCGCUGCCCGUGCUGUUCGGCCUCUGGCUGGGGCUCGGCAUCUUCGGCAGCGCGCUGGUGGCUCUCGGGUACGGCUUCUUCACGCCGUGGAUCUCCACCUUCGAGGCGUUCCGGCAGGAAAGCGAGGCCAAGAAGUUCGUGCACGGCAUUGUGGACGGGACGUGGGGCACGAUCAAGGGCAGCUGCACGGUGGUUAGGGACUUCGCCGACAUAUGCUUCCACUCCUACCCGGUCUACCUCAAGGAGCUGCGCGAGAGCUGCCAGAAUCGUGAGCCCCAUUCGAUAAGGUUGCUUGAUGUGCCGUCAUGUAUAGUUGUUGCUCUCCUGGGGCUAGUCGUCGACAUACCGCUUUACACAGUGAUUGCGCUGAUCAAGAGCCCCUAUAUGCUCUUCAAAGGCUGGCAGAGGCUGCUGCAUGACCUUAUAAGCCGAGAAGGCCCGUUCCUUGAAACAGUUUGCGUGCCAAUCGCUGGCCUGGCUAUCCUUUUCUGGCCACUGGUGGUGGUUGGGAGCGUUUUGUUGGCUAUCGUCUCAAGCAUUUUCGUGGGGCUCUACGGAGCAGUCAUUGUUUUCCAGGAGAAGUCCUUCCAAAGGGGAGUUUCAUAUGUUGUGGCCAUGGUUGCGGAGUUUGAUGAGUACACCAAUGACUGGCUUUACCUCCGCGAAGGAACAGUUCUCCCAAAGCCGUCAUAUAGAAAGAGAAAAUCAUCCAACUCCACAGAAUUCUCAGUCAGAACAAAUGCCUCUGUCAAAGGAACUGGUCCCAGUGAAGCACCGGCAAUGUUGGUUCCGAAUUUGGCUCCUGCAAGAUCAGUAAGAGAGGCUAUACAGGAAGUCAAAAUGGUCCAGAUAUGGGAAAACCUGAUGAAGUCAUGCGAACAGAGGGGCAGGGACCUUCUGAACCUGAAUGUCAUAACAACCGCCGGCCUGACCGAGUGGUUAAGGGCAAAGGAGAGCGGCCACGAGACCAUAAGUCUGGGCCUGCCUUCGUACAACCUGCUGUGCACCGUGCUGCAAUCGAUCAAGGCCGGCUCCGGUGGGCUGGUGCUGGGCAACUUCGAGGUCAACCAGCACAACAGGCCCCAGGACCGGCUGCUGGACUGGAUCUUCCACCCCGUGCUGGUCCUUAAAGAGCAGAUACAGGCGCUGAAGAUGACCGAGGAGGAAGUGAGGUUCCUGGAGAAGCUGACCGUUUUCGUUGGCAACGCCGCGAGCGCUGGUGGGUGGGAUAAUGGCGCCGAGAUGCCCCAGGAUCCUGUGAGGUUGGCACAGAUUCAGGCCAUCAGUAGAAGGCUGGUUGGAAUUGUGAGGAGCCUGUCGAAGUUCCCGACGUACAGGAGGAGAUACAGGCACGUCGUGAAGCUGCUCAUCGCCUACUCCAUCGAGAGGGAAAGCUCGUCGGCUUCAGGGCACUCGGCUUCUUACUUCGAGAUAACACAGCUGGACGUGUAA